AAAGAUGGCGAAUCGAACUGUGAAAGACGCUCAUAGUGUGCAUGGGACCAACCCACAGUACUUGGUAGAGAAAAUUAUCAGGACACGCAUAUAUGAAUCGAAGUAUUGGAAGGAAGAAUGUUUUGGGCUGACAGCUGAGUUGAUGGUUGAUAAGGCCAUGGAACUUAAAUAUGUUGGAGGUGUUUAUGGUGGAAACAUAAAACCAACCCCUUUCCUCUGCUUGACCUUGAAGAUGCUGCAGAUCCAGCCAGAAAAAGACAUCAUUGUGGAAUUCAUAAAGAAUGAAGACUUCAAGUAUGUGCGAGCUUUGGGUGCCCUUUACAUGCGAUUAACCGGCAUUGCCACUGACUGCUACAAAUACCUGGAGCCACUGUAUAAUGAUUACAGAAAAGUUAAAGUUCAAAACAGGGAUGGAGAAUUUGAAUUGAUGCAUGUGGAUGAGUUCAUAGAUCAGCUACUACACGAGGAGCGUGUCUGUGAUGUCAUACUACCGAGGUUACAGAAACGCUUUGUUCUGGAAGAAACCGAACAGUUGGAUCCACGAGUCAGUGCAUUGGAAGAAGACAUGGAUGAUGUGGAGUCCAGUGAAGAGGAAGAGGAUGAUGAUGAAAAGGUCACAAGCAAAGUGGCAACGUUCCGGGCCUCUACUGGGCCCUUUGUCAAGCCUAAUGGUGUAUUACAUGUGACAACCAUAAAUAGUGAAAGAGAGGCAGAGCCCCACCUCUCACCCCACAGGGUAGAGUUCCCUCUCCAGAACAUCACAGAAGAAGCUACAGAGACCUUGACAGGCCACGUAGAUCUCCUUCUCCCCGUUACAGAAGAAGCCGCAGCCAUUCACCGAGAAGACGCAGUCGCUCUCCUAAAAGGAGGAGUCCUUCUCCAUCUCGUCGGGAAAGACACAGGAGCAAAAGCCCGAGACGUCAUCGCAGUAGGUCUAGAGAGAGACGACACAGAUCAAAAUCCAAAUCUCCAGGACAUCAUCGAAGUCACAGACACAGAAGUCACUCCAAGUCACCUGAGAGGUCAAAGAAAAGUCAUAAGAAGAGCAGAAGAGGGAAUGAGUAACAAGAUGCUUAGUCGUGGACUUCUUCCAAUCAAGAAAUGUUUUUUUGUAUAUAACUUGAAGUUUUUUUUUGUUUUUUUUAGCUUUUAGAACCAUAAACAUUUUGGAAUGCUAAUCAAUGAUUUGUCUUCUUAUUUUUGUUUUAAUUUUAUAAAUAAAUUACAUAUUUGA